AUGUUCAAAAAAGCAUCUCACUUGAAUUUUGGAACUGCGAACUUGAGCAUCGUCCACGGAAAUCAGAACGUCAAUACGUACUACCUACAGCAUGCACAUCAAGUACCUGGUCCGGGGGAGGAAGAAUGGAAAGUGAAGCUGUAUCGGGAGUAUGACCGAAUCCCUGCAGGGAGAAUCAAGAUCCUCGAAACCCUCACUGAAAACGAAGUCUGGCGAGAAAAAUAUGAAGACGAUUCUGUAAAUCUCAGUUGGGACGAAAGACGGGACAGGUCGAGAGCGAAACGGACUGCACAUCUGGCUUGCCUUGUCGAAGGGGUGAAAGAGUCUUUGCCGUUCAUAAGUAUAACGUACACUGGACCCGAUGCGCAAAAGGUAUUCAAGCGGGAUUGCCUCAGGUAUUCACGAAACCGAUAUGGAAAUUUCGUACAGUUACGAGGUUUUAAUGACUCGGAUAUUCCGAUGGUCCUAUUUCACGAAGAACUUAUUCUAGUACAACAUAUUCAACGGCACCAUAAUAAAUCAAAAGCUCUGCACUGCUAUAUCACUCUCCAAGCCAGCGCUGCAUUGUGGAAUUCGCUUGAAGGGUGUCCGACGGAGCGGAUUUCAUAUGGCUGCUCCAAUGUGUGGAUUCAACCAAGAAAUGGAAGAAUAUCUUUUGGCCCACAGGGACCUACGCCUGAUUUCUUUGACGUCGACCCUUAUCCCGAGUGGCAGCUCGAAAGUUGCCCAGACAUUCCGGUUCUUCACCCUGCGACGUACAACGCCGAUUGUAUCACUGAGUACCUGAUCAAGUAUUGCCCGGAUCAAAUUAUCUUGGACGUUUUCGCCUUUCCAGGCCCACUGAACCACAUGUAUCCAAAAAUAGAAGACUGGCUGCGUCAUAGAUGUCAAGUUUGGACUCGUUCUUCUGGCCGUCCGUUUGCAAGAUUCCGGUCCGGAUGGACGUACGAAACAGAUUAUUGCUGGUUUGCCAAAGAGCAUCUCCACCCAAUCGCCAUGGAAGAUGGAAGGACACGCUUUUCGGUGAUGCAAAGGAAAAUCUUUUCCUUUUGCUGGUUCAGAUAUGGAGUAGAUAUGCCAUGGAAUCAGCAAUGUUGGGCUUGGCUAUCCCAAGCAUGCAGCAUUUUCAGCACACUGAAUAUUCCAAAGGGUGAAUGGGCAGACUACCAACUCAUGUACUCGAUUGACUUGGACCUUCAUCUCGAAUUUUCUGAUUACGAGGUCGAAGACGACUUUGACUUGGCUCCCACAGUUAUUGAUAAUCAUCAAACUGAUGAUUGCUAUCUGUUUUUACACCCGCCGCCGCGUUUUCCUGAUGGAUCUCCCGACAUACAUGCUUGGAUAUCACGGAAGGACUUCUACUAUUACUCCUUGGAUCCUGACGGGAAAUCGGUCAUGACAGAAUAG